AUGGACCUCAACGCCCCAGCGUCGCAUUCACGAUCCGAUACUGUUCAGCUCUUGGAGGCUGUGAUACGUCGCCUUACACGUCCAGCUUUUCUCUCCAGCAUCACCCCGUCGCGACUGCCAUCGCAGGCUGCGAGCGAUGCGUCCCUGAGCCCCACACGCGACGAAGCACGGUUGCACUCUGGCCCGCUGGUCAGCCAUCGUCAAUCUCAUCUCAACGAAGCCGUGACCAUUGACGAUGCGCUUGAACAGGCUGAUCUUAUCGCCCCGUUGAUCCAGGAGCCCUGCGCUGACGGAACUUCACAACGCGUCGAUAAGCGCGUCAUCCAACACCUGCAAGAGGGUUUCGUUGGAGCGCGCCACGCGUACGCGAAGAUGGCCUCGGAGCGCAACUUCACGACCUUCUCGCAUGGCCACCAGGAUCUCGUGCUUGCUAUUGAUUUCAACUACUUCGGUACGCGCAUGGUCACUGCGAGCUCAGACCAUCGCCUCAAGGUAUGGGACAAGAAGGACGAAUCCUGGUCGCUUGUCGAGAGCUGGAAAGCGCACGAUGCUGAGAUCACCGAUGCCAAGUGGAACGGACCCUUUAUGGGCGAGGUUGUGGGGAGUAUUGGCGAAGAUGGACGCUGCAAACUCUGGCAAGAAGAUGCUACAGAAGUCCCGCUGUCAGGCAAUCGGUUCAAGCUGAUUGCCAAUCUGGUCUCGACCGGUCACGCUCCUUUCAUGUCUCUCGACUUCAAAAACAUCAUGCAAGAGACAUGGCUUGCUUUGAUAACUCGUGAUGGGCGGCUGACGGUCUACGAGCCAUCAGACCAGAGUAGUCUGAACGAAUGGACCAUACUGGCAGAGCGCUCUGUCUCCGAAGAUAACCCUCCCGACCGCCAGGACGAAGUAGGCUUCAAGGUUGUGUUCCACAAGGAGAAGCUGCCAUGCUGGACCGCAAUCAUGGCUGGCUUGGAUCGCAAGUCGCUGUCGCUUGCUGUUGCUGCUAUGAAGGACGUUUUGAUCUUUAGGACCGAUAAGGCCAAACGCUUCUUCCAGGUCGCAAAGCUGGAAGGCUCCACAGACAUCAUCCGCGACUUGGCUUGGGCUAACGGAUCUAUGCGCGGAUAUGACAUCCUUGCGACAGCGAGUAAGGACGGCGCUAUCCGCAUCUAUGAAAUUUCCACGCCCAGCUCAGGCAAAGAUGCGACCGCGGGGUCAUCCGCAGCUGCUGCAUCCUUCACAUCUGCAGAAUCGCUUCGUACAGACACUCGCAGGAACGCCCCUUCCGGCAUAGGAGCUGUGCUGGCUGGCGCAUCGAAGGCACCCGACAACCAACGCGAGAACGAGCAGAACCCAGGGCGGAUCACGCAGAUGGCGAAGCUCGCCGAAGAGCUGAAGGAUCACCACGGUGCAGUUUGGCGAGUGGCAUUCUCACAGAUGGGUGAUCUGCUUGUGUCCACAGGGGACGACGCCUCCAUCCGCACCUGGAAGAAAGCCGUGAAUGGGUGUUGGGCCGAAUAUGCCGAAAUCGAGACUGCGCGCGAGAACUAG